AUGGCGCUUCCUGGUGUGGUGCCUCGCGGAGCAAGCCGGGCCGGUUGGGGCCACGAUCGGCCCCUUGCCAGACUGGUGGUGGCUUCCGCCAUCGCGUGCGCCACGUGCAGUAUGAUGGCGCGAAGCCUCAGCCUGGGCUUCAGUGGCCUUAGGAAUUCUCAGUUCGCCCGGCCCCGGCGCAUGGGGCUUUCGGCGAGUUACGAUAAAGAGAAGCUGAUGAGCGAAGCUUCCUUCACCGAAGGCGCCCUGAGGUCCUUUCAGGACCUCUUCAAACCGAAGGAGGCCGAAAUGACUCCAGAGGAAGUGCAGGAACAGCUGCGGCAAGAGGCCUCCAGCGCUGCAACCGAGAACGCCAUGCAGUCGCUGAGAUUGGACAUCAUGUCAGGGGAGGAGGACGAGGAAGGCUCACCUAUCCGGCGCGCUGCUCCCAUUUCGGUGCUGCAGACGAAGGCGAAGCAGAGCCUGGUCUUCUUCGCUGUCCCAAAGGAAAAGGAGGAUCUCAUCACAGACGUACUGCUGUCGAUGAGGAUAGAAGCGAAGGAUAUAUCCGAACGGAAUCUUCUGCUGGUUCCUGCCAUCGUGGACGUGUCCUCAAAAAUGCUGCUCGAAUUUCCACCCAACAUCAGGGACGCAAAAUUGAUGCGCCAGAAAGCCGUGGCAUUGCCCGUCAGCUCGGAUGGACAGGCUGCCGCCUGGGGUGCGCUCCUUGCUGCAGAGUUCCAGGAGGCUGAUGAGCAAGACAUCGGCCAGCAGGUGAGACAGAUGGGGCUGGCCUUGGUGGUGAGGUCGGAUGGCACUAUUGUCCGUCGAGGUGUUGGCCGACCUCAGUGGAAGGUGGUCUUUGCUGAAACGGACGACUGA